AUGCCCGACCGAGCGAGAAUCAAAGUGGAGAAGGAAUCAUCUCGUCAUAAGCACGAGCAACGAAGGUGGAAGCCCGAACAAGAUCUCAACCGCGCGAGAGAGAACAUCCGUGACCUGAAGAAGAGGAUCAUUGAGGUUGAGAAGAAAAUCGAUGAACUCAUCGAGAGGAAGGAAACUCUGGAAGAGAAAAACAAGAAGUUCAGGGGUAUAAUCCAGGGACAGGAAGGAGAAAAAGCAUCGCGGGAGGUGAUAGAGAGCGCGAGUCGCCAAUUACAGAAGAGCCAAAAUUAUAGUUCUGGUCAAGGGCACAAGUGGAAUAAGCUAAGGGAUGAAACGUCUAAGUUGGAAGCAGAAAAAAAGGACUGGGAAACUUGGAAAGAAGAUAUUGAGGAGGAAUGCCAUCGGAGAGCAGUCUUUGAAGCCCGGAUAAGGAACGAAGAGCCGCGGAGCUAUGAGAGCUCGAAGAAAAGCAGCCAUCAUCCAGUGAGGUGA